AUGUCUUCAAUGGCCUCCUUCUUUAAGCGCAGGGACAAGGACAAGGACAAGGACAAGAAGGGCGACCGAGAAAAGGACAAGGACCGCGAUGCCUCCGGGACGUCUCCCACCGGCGCCGUGGCCCCUGGCGGCGCCGCCACCGCCCCGAGCCCUAUCGCCACCCCUUCGGCAUCGCCCCUCGCCUCGCCGCCUGUGACCGGGACCUCGCCGCCGACCCCGGUGCUGCCGAGCUCCCCGACCCCGGCCCAGGCCAUGGGCCCGGGCACCGCCUCGGCCGGCGGAUCCGCCCCCGCCCCGGCCCAAGCCCCCGCCGGGACCUCGCACCAUCCCCACCACCACCACCACCAUCACCACCACCACGGCGCAUCCUCCUCCUCGGCGUCAACCCCGGUCGAGCAGCCCGGCCGCCAUGCGCAGCAUGCCCCCACGCACUCGGUGGACAUGGCCUCCUCGGCCGGCCAUCAUCAUCACCCGGCUCAGGGGGGCGGCAUGCGCAAGGCCGACUCGGUUGGUGUCAUUGAUUACUCCGGAGCCGACCCGAUUGCUGCGGCGGUCGCUGCUGCUGCCACGCCCUCCUCAGUCCCCACCUUCCCCAGUGUGCCCAUCUGCCACCGCGAAAUCACCCUGGUGGCGGAGAACCGCCGCCGGUGGAAGCUUUCGGACUUCAUCCUCCACCAGACGCUUGGUACCGGUACCUUCGGCCGUGUGCACCUGUCCCGCCACCGCACGCAGCCCGGUUACUACGCCAUGAAGGUCCUGCGCAAGGAGGACGUCGUGCGCCUGAAGCAGGUGGAGCACAUCAACUCCGAGAAGGACAUCCUCGCGCAGAUCUCCUGCCCCUUCAUUGUCACCCUCUACUGCACCUUCCAGGAUGUCCACAGCAUCUACAUGCUGGAGGAGUAUAUCAUCGGUGGUGAGGUCUUCUCGCAUCUCCGCCGUGCCGGGCGCUUCUCCAACGACACCACCCGUUUCUAUGCGGCCGAGAUCAUCCUCGCCAUCGAGUACCUCCACCGACUGGACAUCAUCUAUCGUGAUCUCAAGCCCGAAAACUUGCUGCUCGACAGCGAGGGGCACAUUAAGAUCACGGACUUCGGCUUCGCCAAGAAGGUGGUCGAUCGCACCUGGACCCUGUGCGGUACCCCGGAGUACCUGGCCCCCGAGAUCAUCCAAAGCAAGGGCCACGGCAAGGCCGUGGACUGGUGGGCUCUUGGGAUUCUCAUUUUCGAAAUGCUGGCCGGCUUCCCGCCCUUCUUCGAUGACAACCCCUUCGGCAUCUAUGAGAAGAUUCUGGCCGGGCGCAUUCAGUUCCCCUCGCACUUCGACAGCCCGGCCAAGGACCUUGUUCGCCGGUUGCUCAAUGCCGACCGGUCCAAGCGGCUCGGCAAUCUGAAGAAUGGCCCUGUCGAUGUUAAGGCACAUAAGUGGUUCCGCAACUUCGACUGGAAGGGGGCCCUGGACCGCACCCUCCCGGCGCCCAUCAUCCCCAUGUACCAUGGACCAGGCGAUACCAGCAACUUCGAGCGCUAUGACGAGCCCGACAUCGAUCCCAUCACCUUCGGCUCGGGAACCGGCGACGACCCGUUCGCUCAUCUUUUCGCCGACUUCUGAGCCCUCUCCCCCCCUCUCCCCCUGCCCCUCCAAUCUACCAAAUGUACCACACACAUACACCUCCCCCUCCCCCCUAUUCCUUCGCGGGGCAUCACACA